AUGCUGAUCACCCUCCAAGGUUGGACCUCUUUUACUCGGUGGUCGGGAGCUAUUGAUAUUUUACGAAAAAGAGAUGAAUCGCUUAUAUCUCACGAACCACCGAGUAAAAGAGGUCUGAACUUGAAACGUGAUGGUGUGGCGGAGAGGAAAUCACUGUUUUCUCUUUUGCUAAUUUUAGGCUCAAAAACUGGACAGAAUGUGAAACGCACGUCAUCGCCCACAAGUCCCGGAGAACCGGUUUUUACUAAUAAAGUUUUAGCAAACGUAACAUUACCAUUGUUUACGAUAAACAGUGUCAUUCAUCCUCGACACCGUCCAAAGCAAUCUAGUCGCUACACAUCAUUUUAUAAGAAAAAUAAAGAUGAUCGUAAAAAAGAACCAGUUAAAACACCUGUCAGGCGUCUACAAAAUCGUCCACUUUCAACCAUAACAAACAAUUUAUUAAUGAAAAAUAUUGAUCACAAUGAGGAACCAACUUCGAAAUUACUACCACUAUCUAUACCAUCAUCAUCACCAUCAUCAACACCAGCAUCACAAGAACUAUUACGACCUUCAAUAAAAUAA